CUUGUAUGGAUGAUUGUUUUGGUCUUGUCAGGUCUUGCUUCGGUGACAUCUAGUUUUCGGACGUUAGUGAAGUCGAUUAUUAAAAAACUGUUAUGUCUGAGGCUAAUGCUGAAAAUAAUAGGGAAAGUAAUCAUGAGGACGAAGUGCCGGAAGAUACAAAUCAUCAGAAAAGCAAACGAAAGCGAAACCGUGGUAAGAAGCAUAAAGAUGGAAAACAUGAACAGGAGAGUGGAGACGCUCCCCAGGUUGAUGGAAUUAUUGACAAUAGUGAUACUAAUAGAUUCGGAAAUUUAUCGAUAAAAGACUUCAGGGCAGCAAUGGAAGCCUUCUCACUUCAGCAGAAACCAGCAAAAACUCCAGAAGAGGCUCUUUAUAAGAGUUACCAAUUUUGGAGCACACAACCUGUUCCAAAGAUGGACGAAAAGAUUAACGUUAAUGAAGCUAUUGAACCUGAUAAGGAGAUUACUGAAAUUCGUGCUGAACCAUAUACAUUACCAGCCGGAUUUAUUUGGGAUACCUUAAACUUGAAUGAACCUUUAGUGCUGAAAGAGCUUUACACUUUAUUGAAUGAGAAUUAUGUGGAGGAUGAUGAUUCUAUGUUUAGAUUUGAUUAUCAACCUAAUUUUUUAAAAUGGGCUUUGCAGCCUCCUGGUUGGAGGCGAGACUGGCAUUGCGGCGUUCGAGUUGUCAAGAGUGGUCGUUUGGUUGGUUUUAUAAGUGCUAUACCUGCAACACUUAACAUAUAUGAUAAGACUCAGAAAAUGGUUGAAAUCAAUUUUUUGUGUGUUCAUAAGAAACUUCGUUCUAAAAGAGUUGCACCAGUGUUAAUUCGAGAGAUUACUAGGAGGGUACAUCUUACAGGCUUAUUUCAAGCUGUUUAUACUGCAGGGGUCGUGUUACCGAAACCGAUAGGGAUAUGCAGGUACUGGCACAGAUCGUUAAAUCCUAAAAAGCUUAUUGAUGUAAAAUUUUCACAUUUGAAGAACAAUAUGACGAUGCAACGCACCCUUAAACUAUACAAACUUCCUGAUCAACCAAAGACAGCAGGUUUUAGAAAAUUACAAGCGGCGGACGUACCCAAAGCGCACAAAGUUUUACAAGAGUACUUGAAACGUUUCGAUUUGGCUCCGGUAUUUUCGGAAGACGAUUUUGUGCACUGGUUCAUGCCUCAGGAGGGCAUCGUGGAUAGUUUUGUUGUCGAAAAUGACGGAGUCAUAACUGAUUUCGUCAGUUAUUACACUCUUCCUUCGACGGUGAUGCAUCAUCCAGUACACAAAACGUUGAAGGCUGCAUAUUCGUUUUACAACGUUUCGACAAAAGCUCCCUGGGUCGAUCUUAUGAACGACGCCCUCAUAUCCGCCAAACAAUUGGGAUUCGACGUUUUCAACGCACUAGAUUUAAUGGAUAACAAAGAAUUUUUAGAACCGUUAAAGUUUGGUAUUGGUGAUGGCAAUCUCCAAUAUUAUUUAUACAACUGGAAAUGUCCGAAUAUGCCUCCUAAUAAAAUCGGACUUGUACUACAGUGAGAAGGAGAAAGUUAAAAAAAUUUAAAAAGAUGUGGAAAUUUUUGUUAAUUCGUUUAUUAUUUUAAAAUCAUAUUUACCUGGUGGUAAUCAGUUUAUAUAUUAUGUUUUAUUUUCAAUUUAUAAAGGAUAUUGAAAGCUUCA